UUACUGCCAACCCGGGGGAAAGCUGGGCCCAGUGGGAGAGCAACAGCAAGCCCGCCAGUCCCCGUCAGACCGGUCUUGGCCCCACAGCCUUCUACCAGCAACUGUCAGCGCCUGUCUCGGCCACAGGGAGCAGCUGCUAAACCUUCCAGUCGACUACCUGUCCCCUCAGCCAUCCCCAAGCCUGUCAGCCGAGUGCCACUCAGCAGCCGGAGUGUACCACCCAGCAGAGGUGCCCUCGCUUCAGAUUCGGUGUCAACUCGUAAAGGACUUCCAAGACCAGGUGCUGCAGGGCACAGAGUUCCUGUUUCCCAGCGACCAAAUCUUCCUGGUGCCACUCGCAGCCAUCUGCAGCCCCCCCGGAAAGCUGCAGCCCCAGGACCUACCAGGUAAAGAGAUCAGGACAGUAAGCAAGAAUUCAGUAACCAACCACGACAGUCCCUGCCUGGACUCGCCUCCUCUCCGGCCUCCCAAGCCCUCGCGUUGGAGGCAGUUCCGGACUCCUGCAGAUUCUGGCUCAGGGGCAAGAGGAAGAGAUGCCACUACGGCUGGUGCCCAGGGAGAUGGGGUGGAUUAGGGUGGAGCUGGAGGGGAUUCAAACCCUCUGAUUAGAAUAUUAGGGAAAAGAAGUCACCUCCCGGCAGUGAAAUGAACAGACAGAUGAGAAGUGGGUUGUCCUCAUCCACACCCAGUCUGUGUUCAUCCCUAGGCCGAGGGCCACUGGGUAUGAACAUGGGCAUGGCCUCUGUCGCUGACCUCCCUGCUCUCCCAGGAGCAGUCCUCCUGAAUCACAUCCCCUACUGGACUCCGGCCUGUUAGGCGAAGCAGAGGCAGGCACCUGGCCUCCGGAACUUGCUUCCUGUGAAUUCUGUAAAUCGUAACAGGCCAGUUUAUGAUAAACCGACUCCUUUGGUCUAUACUUUUCUAAAAUAAAGUGAGUGUAUUUUUA